AUGCCUACCACCAGGAAGACGGCGCCGGCUUCGGGCAAUCAACGUGUUGUCCGGAGGAGGAUGAGAGCUGUCACAUCUUGCACAGAUUGUCAUCGCCGGAAGCAAAAGUGCGAUCGCGAGACACCUUGCUCAAACUGCACCGUGCGCGGCAACCAAGCAAAGUGCCAUUACGAAUUCUUCCCCCCGGAGAAAUAUCCAGGCAUUCAUAACCGCGAGCAAAUCAUCAAGCUCAACGCGACCUCUUUUCCAAGUCCUGAUGGAGCUACAAAUAGUGAGUCGCAUGGCUCUAGCAAAGAUUCUGCUCUGAAAGUACAGGCGCUUGGAUUCUCGGAUGGAAACCCUACCACUUCAAUUGGCUUGUACAAUAAGGCACUGGAGGUUGAUGGGUCUUUUCCUGCUGAAUCUAACACUACUCCUGCUUCACCGCCGCAUACGCCGUCACCAUGGGGAAGUACUGCGUGGUACAGGGCGAGCCUUCGCACUCUGCCUCCGUCGGCUAUCAUCGACAAUCUCGCCGCCAAUUUCUUUAACAAUGUGAAUUGGCAAUAUAACCCGUUGGAUAUGGUGACAUUCAUGGAAGACAAGGCUCGCUGGGACAGGCUGACAUACGCUGAUGUGUCAAAUAACCUCCUGGCCUUGCCACCGGACACUCGCUUCUUCCCAGCACUACUUUUCCAAGUGCUGGCCUUGUCUCUAUUAUACUGGGACGUGAGUGACAGCCGAUGUGACAGCUUGAAGUACAAAUCGGACAUGACUCUGGAGGAUGUCGCUAGAGAGUACAGUGAAGCCGGUUUGGAGAUGGCCUCAAUUCUCUCCAGGGAUGAGCUUCCGCGAGCAGGAAUUCAAGUCAAUUUCCUUCGAACUAUAUUUCUCAAAACGCUGGGGAAAGUUCAAGAGAGUUGGGACUCUCUUGGUGAAACAAUUAAUGGCGCGAGACGUCUUCAGUGGCAUCUAGAUGUGCUUGUCGAUGACUCUCCGCAGCCUGUGCCAUCUAUGCAAUAUUUAUGGGAUUGCGAAACGAGAAGGAAAACAUGGUUGAAUCUCUGCUGCUGGGAUGCUCACAUGUCCAUCAUGUUGGGGCGGCCGUUGAGAGUUACACUACGGGACAUGGAGACCACGCCUCCAAUCGAUGCUCCGGUGACCCAGGAUCGCACAAGAGUCGCGCCGUACCCAAGGCAAGAAUUCGAUUUGCCGACCUUAUUGACGGUUCAAAUCGUCUACCACAGCGUCGCACGGUUCCUCAUCAGAGUGUCUUUAAUUCAGUCCAAGCCAGGCAUGAAUGACGAAAUUCAGAGCCUUCACGAGGAAAUCAUGGACUUCAGUGAGCAUCUACCGCCUUAUUUAUGGCUUGAAAACCCGGACAGGAGGUUUGAUGCUCAUCCGGACUGCUUCUGGCUUCCCGAUGCACGAGAGGCAGUUGAAGCAACGAUCUGGUUCACCAUCCUCGCACUACACAGGCCACACAUUUUCAGAAAUUCCAAGAAUCGAUCCCAUGCCCUCAGAGCCGGCCUUUGUACCCUCCGGGCAGAAAGAAAGAAUUUCAAUGACCGGCCGCUGAGAAAGUACAGAAGUUUCGCGUACUUGUUCGCCACCUUCGACGCUGCUGUAACUGUGGCAAGCAUUUACACGCUGUAUCCCAAAGACAAUCCCAGAAGCCGCGAGGAGGCCAUUCAGGGAGUUGACACCGUCAUAGAUCAUUUUGAGAGGGUAAAGUCACUCAAUCCAUUGGCCGAAACCGCAGCAAAUGUCUUGAAAGCACUACAAGUCCGAAUAAGAAGAGCUGCUCGGGGCUACCCCAUGUCCACUCCUGCAAGCAGUACACCAUCCAACGCUGAAAGUUCAUCCAAUGCUUGGACACCACCUGUGUACAAUGUGAGCGGUAGCCAAGCCUACCAAGAGACAGAUACUUGCAUGGACGAAAGUCUCGCUGAUUUACCCCCUCCAUUGCCAUUACAUGAUCUAUUGUACAACAGUCUUUCUGGCGCCAGCUUCGACAAGGAUCUAUUCCCAGAAGUCUCUGAUAGAGAACGGCAAGACUCGAUCCUAGACUGGCAGUUUCAGGGACAAUUCGACAAUGAUGCCUUUUGGGCCUUUAUGAAUCAGAUGGAGCCAUGGGGAGCCCCGAUGAGCUGA